UAUUUUUAAAAGGCAACCCAUUUUGAAAAUUGUAUCUGGUAAAGGUACAGAAAUGUUACCAGUUUUGACAUAUCUCUAGCGAUGCCAGGCGUACAAAUCACUAGACUUCAAGCUCUGCAGUUGCUUUUAAUAUUUGCUGCUGUACCAGCACAGUAUUUAUUGUCGGAAUAUAGUGGGACCACUCGGGAAAGAAUACGAUCUCAAUCAGUACUAAAUUUAAUAGAAACAGUAAAAGAGUUUUCAAACAAUUAUUUAUCCGUCUCAUCAUGGCGAUCGUGGAUACACAGCAGCGUUAAAGCUAUACUUACUACUCCAUUUACAGUGAAGAUUGGAAAGCAUGAAAAAACGCCAACCCAUCUUCCACAUAAGAAACUACCAAAACAAAUAGUACAACCUGAAUCUGUUGCAGAAGAAGUUUUCUCGUUUCGUAAUUCCUAUGGCCUCUUUGCAACUUCAAGUACCCCUAGGGUACCACGGCCCAAGAAAGUAAAGUAUCGUGUUGGUCAGGUGAUAAAACACAAGUUGUAUGGAUACAGAGGUGUUAUAGUAGGUUGGGAUGAUCAUUGUAAAGCACCAGAUCUAUGGAUACGGAGAAUGCAUGGAGAUAGACCGACGUGGCAAACACAACCAAACUACGCUAUUCUAGUCGAUGAAAGAGAUAGAAAAGACUCGCAAACCACAUAUGUAGUUGAAGAAAAUAUAGAAGUGGUUAGGAACACGCGUAUCAAACAUAAACAAAUUUACGAUUACUUUGAUGAAUAUGACGGGGCUCAGUAUUUAAUGCGGCCUGCACUGCAAGAGGUGUAUCCAUAUGAUUAAUGUUGUGCAAUAUGCAAGAAAUACACAAUAUGAUAUAUAGAUGAUUUUGUAUGCCAUGUGGAGAUAAAAUUGGUUGGAUAUCCUACUGUUUAAACAGGUCGUUCCAUUUGUUUAAAAGGUUGAUAAUAUUUUAUCCUAAACCGAUAUCCGGAACCAGUUUCUACUAAAUUCCAAUUCUCGUUUGUUGUUAACUUUAAAUAGAGGGAUAGCGCUGGAACAGCGUUUUUAUAGAAGUGUAAAGAUAUGUUUUUUGCACCUAAGAGCUUCAUAGAGGUAUUACACAAUAGUCUAGUCCCUAGUGCACACAUUUUCUAUGAAAAAUUCAGAUAUAGAAAACAUUUUUGGCAUAUAUUCACUAUUACCAUUUUCCGAAAAAGUGCAAUUUUUAUAGUACAAUUCGCAAUUAAAGCUGCAUUUUGUAAA